ACUAAGCUGCAUGCAGGAAGGGACAGAGCAAGACACAAGGGUGAGGCAGGGGUAAGGGCGCAUUCCCGUUGGGCUGGGAAGACACAGGAAAGAAACAGGGCAAAGAGGAGAGAUGGGGAAAAGGUAUAAUGAAAGAAAGGCGGGGAUGAGGCUACGUGAGAAGUGCGCCUGGCUCUCCUCUCACCAGGAUGAUCUCUUCCUCCUGACAGCUUUACCGACUCCCCAGAAAGAUGUGCUCCCGUGGAUCCUGCCACAGCCGAGAGACCUCCUGCCAUAGCUCAGGGUCGUCCUGCCACGGCUCCCGCUCCUCCUGCCAUGACUCAGGACCCUCCUGUCAUUCCACCUUCCAGAGGGAACCUGUGCCCCAGUUCCCCUGUGUGACGCCGUGCUGCCCCCCCGUGCAGCGCUACUGCCCCCCCGUGCAGACCUACUGUCCCCCUGUGCAGCGCUACUGCCCCCCCGUGCAGACCUAUUGCCCCCCUGUGCAGCGUUACUGCCCCCCCGUGCAGCCCUACUGCCCCCAGUACACCAAGAACAUCUGCAAGCUGCCGCCAACGUACCCCAAGUACUAGCACCAGGAUCUGCUCACCCAACGCCAGAUGCUUUCUCCUCCACACUCUGGCCACGCAGAGCCCAUCCUUAUGGCUGUCCUGGGGAUUCAGCCCCGUGCUUCACCGCUACCCCACUUGAACUCUGCCCUGAAGCAUCCUGCAAGCAGUUCUUCUUUGCAACGAUGAAGGAGAUGGCCCUACCAGGUGUGCCGGACACAGUUACCACCAGGAAGCCUUUGAUGCUGCUCUCUUCUGUUUCAGCCUCCUCUGCAUGGGGAAAACAAUAAAGCUUACAAUUCAUGAAA